AUGCCGUCUCACCACGAUCCUUCUCUUUCAUUUAUCCAUAUUUUCAUUGUGCUGUUCGUUAAUCCGGAUUUCACAACCUCUUUGAGUGAUAUUGUGGAAGAGGUGAUUCAAAAAUCUCCGAUCGACGCUCGGAGAGGCUUAUACGGAAACAUAGUUCUUUCAGGUGGGAGCUCGAUGUUUAAAAAUCUCGGUCGACGCUUGCAACGAGAUAUCAAACAAAUUGUUGACAACCGCCUUCGUCUUACGGAGGAGCUGAGUGGAGGUCGAAUCAAGCCUACUCCAAUCGAUGUGAAAAUCGUCACUCAUCCGAUGCAACGCUACGCCGUCUGGUUCGGUGGCUCCAUGCUCGCAGAUACAAACGAGUUCUAUUCCGUGUGUCACACCAAAGCACAGUACGAAGAGUAUGGUCCCUCUAUUUGCCGCCACAAUCCCGUAUUUGGAUCCAUGACCUGAGUUGACCUUCCGCCGCUGUUCCCGGAGUGCAAACAGAAGAUGGCUUUCUCGCUCAACUGACUUGCUCUUUCCUGGCGCCACUGGCCCCACAUCACGAUUUGUUCUCACCCGUUAUUUAUUUGCCUCAUCUUCUCCCUGACAUCACUUUUUUUUACUGACAUUUGUACGGUUAACCUCACGCGCAUGCUGUGAUCCAAUUCCUAACCACUGCCGGCUCUCUUUGUACGUACAUCCAUCACAAUAAAUGUACCAUUACUAUUUUGCCACUGAAAUCCUAUUGUCUGGGACGAUCAAAUGUGUAACAUGCAUACGUAAUACUCAGGCACUUGCGAUCCCAAUCAUCCACACGCACAUUGCAUGUUGCGUACUUGCUCUUAGUCUUAAUCCAGUGUUGAUUCCACGCUCAUCCUUUUACACGUCACCUGAUGAGAUCCCUAUCCAAUCUGCUGCAAUUCGAUUUGUCCAUUUUCAUCAAACCACUUGUUAUUGACUCAGUAAUAUCUUUGGCAUGUCAC